UCUCCCCGCAGUCAAUGAGCUGCCGCGGCCGGGCUCGGCCAUGGGCUCCGCGGGGCGCUGAGCGGGCGGCGCCGGCCCCGCCGCGGGGCCCUGCCAUGAGCGCUGCCGAGGCAAUAUGGGCACGGCCGUGUCCAAGAGGAAGACGCUGAGGAACGAGGCCAUGUCGUCGGUGGCGGCCAAAGUCAGAGCAGCACGGGCUUUUGGCGAAUAUCUUUCACAAAACCAUCCCGAAGGCAGGAACGGCUCAGAUCAUCUGUUAGCAGAUUCCUACAUCGGACAGGAGGACUCUCCCGAGAUGCAGCAAGCAGCACAGAACAAACGCAGGCUCUCUGUCAUCUCCGAUGGCAAAUUUGAGAGGAGCUUCUCCGAGGAGCAGGCAGAGAAGAUGCCAAGCGAGGGACCGAAGCCACGAGUCUAUACAAUCUCUGGCGAGAGGCCAAUGCUGUCGGACCAUGAGAAUGAAAGUAUGGAGCUGGUGGUGAUGAAGGGAGCUGCCCAAGAGGAAUGCCACCAUGGCCACCAGGUGCACAGCACUGGUGGCUCUCACGGCGUUAGCAGGCAUUGCAAGGGCUGGCCAGGCAGCCGGCAGGGCUCCAAGGAGUGCCCAAACUGCACCCGGCUGGCUGCCCCCUCCCAGCAUUCCUUUGAUCUGGAGCAGCAUCAAUCCAGCGAUACUGGAUGGCACAGAAAAAGGCUGGAGAGGAUGUACAGUGUCGAUAGAGUGUCUGAUGAUGUCCCCAUACGAGCCUGGUUCCCAAAAGAGAACCUCUUCAGUUUUCAAACUGCUACUACAACUAUGCAAGCCAUCUCGGCAUUCAGGGGCUACGCAGAAAGGAAGAGACGGAAACGAGAGAAUGAUUCUGCAGCUGUUAUACAGAGGAAUUUUCGGAAGCACCUCCGCAUGGUGGGAAGCCGAAGGGUUAAAGCACAAACAUUUGCCGAACGGCGUGAGAGGAGCUUCAGCAGGUCCUGGAGUGACCCGACUCCCAUCAAAGCUGAUUCCUUCCAUGACUCUCGAGAAAGCCAUGACCUUCAGGAUUCCUGCGGCACUUUGGAUGGCGACUUUGACUUGAACUGGGAAGCAGAAAAGGAACUUGAAGCCAUGGCAUGUGACGGAGAAGACUUUAUUCCACCAAAAAUAAUGCUCAUUUCUUCCAAGGUGCCCAAAGCAGAGUAUGUCCCGACCAUUAUCCGCAGGGACGAUCCCUCCAUCAUCCCCAUUCUCUACGACCACGAACACGCCACCUUUGAUGACAUCCUAGAGGAAAUAGAGAAGAAGCUUAACAUUUAUCGGAAAGGCUGCAAAAUUUGGAAGAUGCUGAUAUUUUGCCAGGGAGGUCCCGGUCACUUAUACUUGUUAAAGAACAAAGUUGCCACUUUCGCCAAAGUGGAGAAGGAGGAAGAUAUGAUCCUCUUCUGGAAGAGGUUGAGUCGGCUGAUGAGUAAAGUCAAUCCUGAACCAAAUAUCAUUCACAUCAUGGGCUGCUAUGUUCUUGGAAACCCCAAUGGGGAGAAGCUAUUUCAGAAUCUGAAAAACUUAAUGAAUCCUUAUAGGGUUGCCUUCGAGUCUCCACUUGAACUAUCAGCUCAAGGUAAGCAAAUGAUUGAGACUUACUUUGACUUCCGCCUUUACCGCCUCUGGAAGACCCGCCAGCACUCUAAACUAUUGGAUUACGAUGACAUUUUAUGAGCUGGAGAAGACUUUGCGAGAGGAAGUUGGUCACCAGUGUCCAAGAAGUCGUGCUUAUCGCAGAGAGACUUUUUUAUUGGCACGGGGAGCCCUUCAAAGCCCUAUAGGAGGCAGCAGCGCUAAAGAGGGGGAAGAAGGAGCCCUCGCAAGUGUGUUAGGAGGAAAGUCUCCUGGGUGAAGAGAGACUGGAGGGAAAGGGUUUGACACCUCGCUCGCCUCCGGUCAGAGCCAUGGUGUCUGAGAGGAGCUGUGUGAAACAAGGACAGGAUGGAGUUCCUUGCAGAACUGAGCUGUUUUGGGUCAGAAUGGGCCAGAUUUGAUUCCAGGUCCUUUUAAAGACUUUUGAAGCUCAGGUUUUCUUACAAAAAAAUAAAUAAAUAAAUAAAAUCAAUUACCCACGCACUACAACAAAGAAGUGACCAGAGCAAGGAGGUGUUUGUACUAAUGGGUCCUUCUGUGCGGGGGAUAUUGGAGAGCAAGGACUGCUACACCUACUCCUGCAAGCUUAGAUCAAGACAAUCCAGUUUCCAUGUGAAUAGAUACUGGAAUAUAGAAUUGAAGUCUAACUCUCUUUUUGUUUAAUAGAAAAUAAGUGCAAUUUUUAUAGUGAGGGGGUAAAACCCCUCCCAGUAUUUAAUCAGUUACAAAUAACACACCAGUAACCAAUAGAUGAGGUAUUUUUGGUCUGCUUGAAAAUAUAUUCAAAAUGGUAAUAUAUCUUCUGUAGACAUAUUUAAUCACCAGCAAACAUGGUUUUAACGUAACUGAGCAGACCCUGCACGUCUGCUGCAUUGGUUAAUCUGGUUUGGUUCCUUACCUUCAGAGUAGCUGUGUUGCACCGUUGUACGUGCUCUCACGAAUGUAUAGUUCUCCAAUUAGACACUACUUUGUUAUUUUCUAUUUUGCUGCUUGCAAAACUAUGGGACUUUAGUUUUGCUGAAAUACUUUAGGUUAGAAAUACGAUACCUGGCUGGGAAACCUCCCUCAGGUUCACUAUGGUAUAAAAAUGAAUUAGAAAUUAAUAGCCAUGGUAAUUACUUGUUGAUGCCAGUGUUUUUGCUGUGUGUUGAGAGAUGAGCUCUCCUCCUGGUCUGCGGUGCGGAGCCGCACGGCCUUCAGAAACCCUCUGAGGAGACUGUUUAUGGGGCGUUUGGAGAAAUGCUUCUGCAGGAAUGCAGCACGGGUUUGUAGCAUGAGUUUGAAUCUUCACUUGAUUGCCAGUUGUUUGUCCAUAAACCACCUGUGUUCCAGUGCUAACAGACCUGUUUUUCGCUCUGAGCUCCACAAUAUGUUCUCUGUAGGAUGUGGUAAACCCAGAGCUCCGUCAGAACAGCCCGGGGCUGAGAUCCCAGGCUGGUACUUGAUGUUUGAGGAGGUAUUUUGGAAUAUCUUUACUUUUUGUUUGUUUAGGAUGGGGGCGGUGUGUGUGUAUUGUUUUUUCAGUUUGGGAAAGGUUUUUUUUAUCUUCUAGUCUCCUGUUCAGAGGACAUUGCUCACAGUCCGCGUAGGUCACUGGCAAUUCUGGAAGGUGAUGCAAGUUAUUUCUCAGUCAAACAUACUGGAAAAUAACAGGGAAAGAUUAACUUGGUUUCCUGACUUCCUGCUGUCUAAAAAUAGUUGAUUGUGAAGAAAAAUACCUGUACAAAUCUUUUGAAUAUUUACAAAAAGCACUAGUUGUUCUGGUUGUAGCGUACUCCUUUCCCCCAUGACGUACCUGUGGGUUUGGGGAGCAGCCUCUGGCUGGAACUGCUGAACCCUGUACAUUGAUAGCCGUUUUAUAGCCAAACUUUUGAAGAAAUAAUGUACAUACCGUGAAUAAGGAGAAGAGUAGGUGGAGAGAGAAGGGUUAAAGGCAUCAAAAGCAAUGUAUUGAGCUAAACCUGGCUGGGCUGUUGCCUCCCCAUCUGUUUGGAGCUGUUGGGAAGCUGCCUUGCUGCGCUGCCCUGACCGUGGGGAGCUUUGGUCACCAGGUCUCCUCCCUGGCUGGAGCUUUAUCCUCUUGGCUGGGUUGUGUUUUCCGGACUCGUAGUGAGGGGGAGAACAGGCACCACUCUGUAGCUUUUGGAUGAAAAUGCCAGCUGUAAAAAAGAAAACAAAAUUGAUGCUGAUUCUCUGUUAUUUAUUGGGAGGCAGGAGCCACAGGUGCGGUACAAGCACGGAGUCAUGCGGUAUCUGGAGAAGGAAAUGGUAGUGGCAGGAUUAAAAUGCUGACACAAGACUCUCCUUCUCUGCCCCUUUUACCACCCGUGGUUGUACUCCUGCUUGGAGGCAGACAAACUGUUCUUCCUUUGUCUUUUCUAGAGUAAAAUCCCCAUUCAGUGAACUUGGUAGCAUGAAUGUAGCAUCGUGGAAUUGCUGAGAAUCUUAUUUAACUCCAUGAGGGCCCGUUUCUGUGUCCAUUUCAGUGACUUCUCCGUAGAACUGUUGUGUUUCUCUCCUCACUGACAGCUGUAGAACUAGGGGUGCGAAGCAGGACACUAGAUUGUACAGCUGAUUGCUUCUGUGGGAAGAUGUGUGUGGAGGUGGACAUUACUGACUGUGUUCCUGGUGCUGUGGACCAUAGUAUGGUAUGAUGACAAACAACAAAUGCAUUUCUCUCUUUUCCAAAGAUCUAUAUUCCUCAUAGUUUGUGAUGUUUAUGACAUGAGCGUAUUUCCUUUGUAGUGUUCAUUUGACUAAAGAGAUGAAUUACUCUAAAAGCUGUGACUGGAAAGACAAUAGAGUUUGGAUGUUUGAA